GACGAGGAAGCGGCCACCUCCCUGCGCCCCGCCCCUCGGGCUUGCUUGCCUGGCUCCCGGCUCCUCCCGACUUCUCCCGGCUCCUCCCGGCUCCUCCCGGCCCUCUCCCGGCUCCCUCCGGCUCCGGCUCCGGCGCGGCGGCGGCGGGGUAGUUGCAGUAGUGCAGAAUGGCUGACCUCAGUCUUGCAGAUGCAUUAACAGACCAACCUCCAGAAAUUGAGGAAGAGAUAAAACGAGAUUUUAUUGCCACCCUGGAGGCAGAGGCCUUUGAUGAUGUUGUGGGAGAAACUGUUGGAAAAACAGAGUAUAUUCCUCUCCUGGAUGUUGAUGAGCAGACCGGGAAUUCAGAGUCAAAGAAGAAACCGUGCUCAGAUACUAGCCAGGUUGAAGGUGCUCCAUCUUCUAAACCAACAGUGCUAGCCAAUGGUGAUCAUGGAAUAGAAAGGAAUGAUACCAUAGGAUCUCCAACUGAAUUCCUUGAAGAGAAAAUGGCCUACCAGGGGUAUCAGAACUGGCCAGAAAAUACAAACUUUUGCUUCGAACCCGAGCAAGUGGUGAAUCCUAUCCAGACUGAUCCCUUUAAGAUGCACCAUGAUGAUGCCCUGGAAGAUUUGCUCUUUCUCCCCAGUGGAACAACCAGUUCUUCAGCAUUUGUAGAACAAAAUAAUCCCCUGAAAGACAGUUAUGGUCUGUUUCCCUGCGACACAUUUGUUCCUGCAACUGUUGUGCCUCAGGCAUGGUCUGUGGAAGCCGCAAACUCUCCACACUCAGAAUCUUUCAUUUCCCCAGAGGCCAUUACACAACCUCUGCAGCCCACAGCAGAGCCUGCCAGGGAGGUAGCAAUGGCAUCAGCAGAAGAGAGGGAACCAACAAAAGCGUCAGAAAUAAUGAUGGGACUGAAGGCUGCUGACAUGACAUCAUCUAGAGAAAAAGAGAUGACCUUGGCCAAGGACGUGGCACCAGCCGCAGAAACAGAGGUGGCAUUGGCCAAAGACAUGGAACCAUCUACCAAAUCAGAUGUGUCACUAGCCAAGGACACAGAAUCAUCAGUUGAAUCAGAUACGGCCCUAGUCAAGGACAUGGUACUACCCAUAGAAACAGUGGAGGCUCCAGUUAAGGAUGUCCUGUUGCCCACAGAAACAGAUGUGUCUUUGGCCAAGGACAUGGUACUGCCCACAGAAACAGAGGUAGCCCCAGCCAAAGAUGUAAUAGUAUUCAAAGAAACAGAGAGGGCACCACCUAUAAAAAUGGAUUUGGCCCCAGCUGAGGGCAUAGUACUACCCACAGAGAGAGAGAUGGCCCCAAGCAAGGGUGUAGUAUCACUCUCAGAAAGAGAAGUGGCACUGGCUAAGGAUGUUGUAUCAUCCACAGAAAAAUCCUCAGCAGAGGAGGUGGCCCUGUCCUCAGAAACAAAGGUGGCUGUGACUGGGGACAUGACACUGCCUCCAGAAACCAAGGUGGUCUUGACCAAGGAUGUGGCACUGCCCCCAGAAACAGGGGUGGCCCCAGUCAAGGACAUGGCUCCACCUCCAGAAACAGACAUGUUCCCGGUCAAGGACAUGGCUCCACCCCUAGAAACAGAGAUGGCUCUGGGCAAGGAUGUGGCUCCACCCCAAGAAACAGAGGUGGCUCUUGUCAAGGACAUGGCUUCACCCCCAGAAACAGAAAUGGCCCUGGGCAAGGAUGUGGCUCUGUCCCCAGAAACAGAGAUGGCCCUGGGCAAGGAUGUGGCUCUGCCCCCAGAAACAGAGAUGGUCCUGGGCAAGGAUGUGGUUCUGCCCCCAGAAACAGAAGUAGCCCGGAUCAAGGAUAUGCCUCUGCCUCCAGAACCAAAGGUACCCCUGGCUAAAGAUGUUGCUCUGCCCCUUGGAACAGAGGUGACCCUGGCCAACAAUGUGACUCCAGCCAAGGAAGUUGCACCACCAUCCGAGGUGGCAACAAUUCCAGUUAAGGACAUGGGAAUUGCGCACACACAGGAAGAAAUAAGUGAGGAUUCCCAGUUAGAAUCUCUCCAGGAUGAGGGGCAGUCAGCUGCACCUGCUUCCGUGAUUUCACCAGAACCAGUCACAGCCAUGGGCCAAAAGUACAGCUUGUCAACAGAUGAGGAUUCUGUAUUAGAGAAACUAGACCAAAAGAAACCAGUCAGUAGUCAGCCUUCUGAACUGUCUUCAGAGACCUCAGGAAUAGCCAAGCCAGAAGAAGGACGGUCUACUGUGAGUGUGACCGGAAAUGACAUCACCACCCCUCCAAACAAGGAGCUCCCGCCAAGCCCAGAGAAGAAGACAAAGCCUUUGGCCACCACUCAGCCUGCAAAGACUUCAACAUCGAAAGCCAAAACACAGCCCACUUCUCUCCCUAAGCAGCCAGCUCCCACCACUUUUGGUGGGUUGAAUAAAAAACCCAUGAGCCUUGCUUCAGGCUUAGUGGCAGCUGCCCCACCCAAACGCCCUGCUGCUGCCACUGCCAGGCCUUCCAUCUUACCUUCAAAAGACGUGAAGCCCAAGCCUGUUGCAGACGCAAAGAUUCCUGAGAAGCGGGCCUCACCAUCCAAGCUGGCCUCUGCCCCAGCCUCCAGGCCUGGCUCCAAGAGCACCCAGACUGUUCCAAAAGCCACAGUAGCUGCCACUGUUGCCUCACCUGGGUCAAACAGUAGGAGUCCCCCCACACCCCUGCCCAAGAAGCCUGCUGCCAUCAAGACUGAGGGAAAACCUGCAGACAUCAAGAAGAUGGCUGCAAAGUCUGCACCAGCUGACUUGAGUCGCUCAAAGAGCACCUCCACCAGUUCUGUGAAGAAAAGCACCACUGUCCCUGGGGCAGCACCCCCAGCAGGAGUGGCUACCAGUCGAGUCAAGCUCACACCUGCGCCAUCCCGGCCCUCCGGGACUCCUUCCUUGGACAAGAAGCCUACGUCAGCCAAGCCCAGCUCCUCUGCCCCCAGGCUGAGCCGCCUGGCUACCAAUGCUUCUGCCCCUGAUCUGAAGAAUGUGCGCUCCAAGGUUGGCUCCACGGAAAACAUCAAGCAUCAGCCUGGAGGAGGCCGGGCCAAAGUAGAGAAAAAGACAGAGGCAGUUGCUACAGCUCGAAAGCCUGAACCUAAUGCAGUCACUAAAACAGCCGGCCCAAUUGCGAGUGCACAGAAACCGCCUGCCGGGAAAGUCCAGAUAGUCUCCAAAAAAGUGAGCUACAGCCAUAUUCAGUCCAAGUGUGGUUCCAAGGACAAUAUUAAGCAUGUCCCUGGAGGUGGUAAUGUUCAGAUUCAGAAUAAGAAGGUGGACAUCUCUAGGGUCUCCUCCAAGUGUGGGUCCAAGGCUAACAUCAAGCACAAGCCUGGUGGAGGAGAUGUCAAGAUUGAAAGUCAGAAAUUGAACUUCAAGGAGAAGGCCCAGGCGAAGGUGGGAUCCCUUGAUAACAUGGGCCACCUGCCUGCGGGAGGUGCCGUGAAGACUGAGGGCGGUGGCAGCGAGGCCCCUCCGUGUCCGGACCCCCCUGCUGGGGAGGAGCCGGCCAUCCCUGAGGCAGCGCCCGAAGCAGGCGCCCCCACUUCAGCCAGUGGCCUCAGUGGCCACACCACCCUGUCAGGGGGUGGUGACCAAAGGGAGGCCCAGACCUUGGACAGCCAGAUCCAGGAGACAAGCAUCUAAUGAUGACAUUCUGGUCUCGUCUUCCAUCCCCUUUGUUCCCCUUUUUGUCUCCCUCGUUACCCUCUCCCUUCCCUCCUCCCGUGUCACUGCAGAUUGAGACCUACAGGCUGACGUUCCGGGCAAACGCCAGGGCCCGCACUGACCACGGGGCC